AUGCUCAGUUGGCUCAAAGGCGGUCCAGCUGCCUCUGCUUCACACGACGCGAACAUGUUCGGUUCUACCAACCACCAAGACCUCCGAAACAGAAACUUGGCUACCCCGCAGGACGAGGAUGCCUAUACAGACAUGUCUUCAGAAGACGAUGAAGAUGUUACUAUCGAUGACAUACAACCGCAGCAAACCCCAGCGCCCAUGUUUGCCUUGAAGGCACUCCGAACGGUAGUAUGGGGUACACCAGCCCCACCAAAGCCUCGAGAGCGUCCCGCCCGAAGGAAAAAGGCAUCGCCAAGGUCUAAAAGAUAUGCAAUUGCAGCAAAGGAGGAACGUGGGAAAAAAAAGGAACCAUCGCCUGCUGAGCAAAAGGAUAUCUUUGCAUCAACUAGGCCUUUGAGGAAUUCUAAGAGCCUGGAUCCAAUUCCAUUCAGAAUCUCCCCGAAACUCAAUCUCUUCGAUCCAUCGUCGUCGUCAUCAAACACACACUUUCCGCCAAUAUUUGAUGUGCCCACUCCUGCUCAGCCUUCCUCGCCCUCGAAGGGCAUUUUGAUGACCCCCGGUACUGCAUUGGCAAGGAAGAAAGCCGUGUCUUUUCAUCCUUCAAUUGGUGAAACCACACCUCCACCGAAGAAUUAUAUCCAGUCUGGACUUCCGGAGGAAUUCCCGGGGAAGUUUCCAAGCCCCUGGAUUAAAAAAAACACUCCACAGCACAGACGAUCUAUGUCGAUUCCUGGGCCUGGAAGCCCGACUCGCACUCUUACAUUUGAAGAGGGGCCAUUGAAUUUGGAUAAGGGAAAAUCAAAAGGCAAGAAGCCGGAGAGAUCCACUGCCUCAAAUCCAACUGGCUAUUACGAGGUCGGGGAGGAUAGUCGUAUCGCAGACUACCUAGAAGACUCAGAUGAUGAGAGAGCCGCCCAGCAAUUACAAAUGGAAACAUCGAUGCACGAGGUUAAUAAAAAUAUCAACACUGAUAUGGGUGGUCCUCGGUCCAGUUCUGCGCAAUUUUGGAAAGAGCGUACACAGAAAGUCGAGGCUGCUGCCUUAGAGAAGGUCGACAAACUUAAGGCCCGUUGCAAGAUCGCCACCGGGUACGCCAAGAAGAAGGAUGAACUUUGCGUCGAUCUCGCUGAAAAAAUGCGAGAGGUCAUGGAGAAGAACAAAAGAUUGAAGGCGGAGCUUAAACGAAUUAGUGCACAAUCUGGUAGCACUGCAGGUAAUUAUGCCUCCAGCGGAACCACUUCUUCUAGGGCUACCGGUCAUAGUCAUGCGCUUGAGGAGGCCAUGAAUACUAUAGAAGAGAAAGACGCACAAAUUGCCUCCGACAUGGCCGAGAAGGCGCACAUGGAGAACGUUAUCCAAAAAUAUAAGGAGAGGUUGGAGGCCUUUGAGGAGAUGCUAGAUAACAGGGAGAAUAAGAUUACGGAACUGUCUAUGAGCAUGUACACUGGUCACGAGGAUGAAGAUUUAGGUCAGGUCGUAAUAGACUUGAAAAAGAAGCUUCGGGCUGCGAAGCAGGAGGUCAAAGAGCUAGGCAUAGUAAAGCAAGAAGCACGUAACCUGAGGGGCAGGGUCGAUAGCCUAGAACGUGGUUUCAUGAAUGCUACAGAGGAGAAAAAGGACAUGGAACAAGAAUUAGAACGGCUUAGGGUAGAGGCAGGUGAGAUGGGUGCAAUCAAACGCUCACAAUCUGAAAAUCGCCUAAGGCAGCAAAUUGAGAUUCUGGAAAAAGCCAAGAGGGACUUGAGGGCGGAGAUGAGGGAAAAGACUCUUGCUGAUGCCAAAGACAGGAGGGAGUCUGAGAGACAACUAAAGGCAGAGUUGGCAGAAUUGAGAGCAAAGGUUGGGAGCGGGUGGAGUGUGGAGAAGCUAGAAUUUGAGGCGAAUGACUUGAAGGAAUACGCGACAAGGUUAGAGAGAGAGUUAGAAACCAUAAAGAAGGAGAACAGCGAGUUGAAGAAAAGGCUCUUCAGUGAUACCCCUGCCAAGGAUGAUGGUGCGAGAGAAUGGCAAAUUAAACAGAGGUCAACACUGCAAGAGCUAAGAAGAGCAAAGGAAGAAGCUUCAACACUCAGGACUCAGAAAGCGCAGGUGGAAGAACGGUUGAAGGAUGCGAAAAUAGAGAUAGAGACCCUCGAAGAAGCUAGGGUGGAAACUAGGCCCGGCCUAUCCUUGAAGUCAACCUCAACCCCGGCAGAGACCAAGGGAAUUGAAAACACAAGCGAUAACAGUGCAGUUGAUGGUAGUUUCGAUCGCUGGGCAAAAGCGGGCGCGGAUUCCAUCGCAGAUGUUUCCAGUUUUACUCCCAGAGCUAAGAGCCAUCUUACGGAAGCCUCAACAUUUAAUUUCAACUCGCCUCCAAUUCCGGCUCUCGCAAACCGCCAGAAAAGAUCGUACUCUGACGAAAUUUCUCAGAAAGAAAACACUGACAUCAUGGCAACACCACCAGAUCUCUCUAGCUUUAUGCAAACUCCCAAAGCAUCCGAGAACACUGUAGACGAGUUCUACUCGCACCGCCGCCAGAAAGAGAGUCCUAGGCCUAAGAUUGUUCACAUGCCGAUGUCUCCUCCAGCUCCUGCACCCACGCGAAAGGUUUCUGGUGUUGGAAAAGUUGUCUCGAGAAGGGGUGCGAGUGGUGGUGCUUCUUCCAGACUGAGCAUGGAUCCUGCACGAAAAGCGGCAGCGGAGCAAAGACUUGCAGAUAGAAAGAGGGCCAAGUUGACUUCAAAGAACACUUGA